AUGGCUAAGUCCUAUCAGACCAGCUUCAGAUGUGUCAAGGAUGACACAGGAAGUAAGCUCAGCGGUCGUGGAGACUCAGCUGUGUCAAAGGGCACAGCAGACAGCGGGGUGGUGAUGGAGAACAGAGAAAUACCUGGUGACAUACCUGGAGCAGUGCCCCGAACACUCCCGCUUCUAACAUCAGAGAGCAUCAGAGAAAACGUACUUCUGUGGGAUAAUGAAAUAACUGAACGCCAGAAGUCCCACAAGAUCCUGGAGGAACUGCUGAAUCAGGGCAUCAUCCCAAAGGAACAGCACAGAGAAAAGAGCAGCAGGAUUGGAGAAGCUUACAGCAUCAUGCUGGACGACAAUGAAGGUGCCCGGCGCAGGCCUCCUGCCAGACUGGAGUCUCUGAAGGUGAAGAAAGCUCAGACACAACACACCAGAGAAGAGCUUGAAGAGAAGAUCCGGCUGGCUGAAGAGAGACGCAAGUUAAAAGAAGAUAAGCUCAAGAUGCGUUUAAGGAGCAAGUCUGCACGUGUCCGUGUCCCCGCCACCAUCUCCAGCACCGAGAAAGACGAAGACGCGUCCAUCACCCCGGUGGAGACGCUAGCGGCACCACAUCCCAGCCAGGUGAUUCGUGAAGCUGCAGAGGGAGGAGAGUGGGUGAGAGAGGAUGGAGAUGACAAAAGGGAAUGCGAAGAAGAGGCGAAGAAGGCAGGGAAGAGAGAAAGGAGAGAGGAGGGAGGAGAUCGCCGAGUGGAGGGUGCAGAGAGGGAAGUUGAGAGUAGUGAAAAGGAAGAAGAAGAAGAGACGACCCAGGUGCAAGAGUUCACAGCCUCAGGGGAGCUGGAGUGCGAUUCUAGCUUCCAACAUACAGACGACAAAGAAGAAGUAUUUUAA